AUGGGCUUCAAAGGCUUCAAGUACGGAACGAAUCGUUUCAGCAUUCGUGGUUUCCUUGCAGCUAUUUCCCGUCUUUUCAUGGCAAUUCCUUCCGACGCUCCUGGCGUGUUCACCGCAGGCGGUAGUAAGAAUGAAGUAGAAACAUGGCAUGUGAUCGUCUCGAACAGCGAUCUUUCCUCUCAGUGCCAGCUUGACAAAAUGGUCUACUGUAAAUGCACCGAAGGCAAACAGCAUGAAUUUCUGCUCCUCUAUUUUCGUCAUCCCAUCCAACAGCACGCCGUCUCGAUCUUGGUUUUAGACCGCACGCCAUGCACAGAUGAUACACAGAACAACAAUGGUGGCUCAUCAAGACAGAAUAGGCAGUCAUCAUCCAUAGUCUCGCCAUCAGUUUAUCCAACCUCCGCCCACGAUUCCGUCUUUACGACCCGUAACGAGGGUUCUGCCAUCCCAUCAUACCUAGACGAUACUUAUGGUUCAUACAAGAACCUAAUUGAUCUCGAAUUCUCUGCCUCCGCUCGCCCAUCCGCAAUUCAAGUAUCCGCGCUCUUGUCCGCUCUCAGCAAGCAUUCUCCACUAUACGACCUCUACCAAUAUCAAUGCUAUUGGUACGCCCAUACUGUCUGGGAGGCACUCAAAAAACUCUUCCCGGGUUGCAAGGAGACAACGCGAUGUCAGGGGCGCUCUAGUUAUCACGGGCUCAAGAUCGAGAAAGCAGACAGUGUGGACGUGGUAUGCGAGCAAUAUCGCAUCAGGUGGGCGGGCAUCGAGAAUGCGGCAGAAGAGAGGAGAAAAGCAAAGGAGGAUGAAGUUCGGCAGUUGCGGAUGGAAGGUCGGGCUGAGGAACGAGCUCAAUGUCAAACAGAGAUCGAGCAAGCGCUAGCAGAAGCGGCGAGGAAUGCAGAGGAAUCGGCGAGGAAUGCAGAGGAAGCGGCAAGGAAUGCAGAGGAAGUGGUGAGGCAAAAAGAAGAAGUGGCGAGGACACAGCGGGCUAUGGCUGAAAACCAGGCAGAAAUGGACCGAAUGCGAGCACGAUUAGCUCAGUUGGAGCGCCAGGCAGCGUGA